AAAAAAAAAAAUCGCACCAGCAAGGGUUUAGACCGGGUUUAACGAAGCGAAAAAGUGGGUUUGUUAGUCUUUCCAGUGAAGACUGAAGAAUCGUGAAGCUUGGCGUUGAUUUUUACCAUGAGCUACCUUCUGAAAAGGCUUCGUUACUUCAACGGUAGCUCUGUUUUUCGUACUUUGGCGGUUGCAGCUGCAGGUUCAGCUCUCCUUUGCUCCAAUGGCGACACUGAUUUCCGAGCAUCUGUCAAAGCACGGAUCCCUGUGCCAUUACAAGAUCCGUUGCCCUUUCCUCAACAUUUGGAUUUUUCGGGCGUAUAUGGAACACUUCCACUCUAUUCUUAUAGGGAUAUAGGCAGUCAAACUCCAUCAUCUGACACAACUAAGGAUGCUUCUGCGGCUGCUCAUCAUGGUGGCUCAAACCCUUGUAAUUGUUUUGAAAGAAAUACUAUUGCUGAUGCAGCGGCUAAAGUUGGGCCUGCUGUUGUUAAUAUUGCUGUUACACACGAUUAUCUUGGGGUUACUGCUGCAAAGAGUAUAGGCUCUGGAACAAUCAUCGACAAGGAUGGUACAAUAUUGACAUGUGCUCAUGUUGUGGUUUAUUUUCAAGGGACCUCGAGUUUAUCAAAGGGGAAGAUAGAAGUUACUUUGCAAGAUGGAAGAUCAUUCGAGGGUAAAGUGAUAAAUGCUGACCUGCAUUCAGAUAUUGCCAUUGUGAAGAUCAAUUCCGAAACCCCACUUCCUGAAGUAAAACUUGGUUCUUCAAGCAAGCUUCGUCCUGGGGAUUGGGUAAUAUCUCUGGGCUGUCCACUUGCCCUUCAGAAUACUGUCACUGCUGGUAUUGUAAGUUGUGUUGAUCGUAAAAGUAGUGAUUUGGGCUUUACUGGUGUGAAUAGAGAGUAUUUACAAACAGAUUGUGCAACUAAUGUGGGAAAUUCUGGAGGCCCACUUGUCAACAUUGAUGGAGAACUUGUUGGUGUGAACCAUAUGAAAAUGUUUGCCGCUGAUGGGUUGAGUUUUUCUGUACCAAUCGACUCAGUGUCCAAGAUUAUAGAGCAGUUCAAGAAAAGAGGGAGAGUAAUACGGCCUUGGCUUGGGCUUAAGAUGCUAGAUUUGAAUGAUACCCUUAUUGCGGAGCUUAAAUUGAGAAGCGCUACAUUCCCUGAUGUCGAUAAGGGAAUUCUUGUACCAAUGGUGACUCCUGGGUCUCCUGGUCAACGUGCUGGAUUCCGUCCUGGUGAUGUUGUGAUUGAAUUUGAUGGGAAGCCCGUCCAAAGUAUGAAGGAGGUAAUAGAAGUAAUGGAGGACAGAGUUGGGGUGCCCAUGAAGGUGGUGGUUAAGAGAGAAGGCAACAAAUUGGUGAAGCUCACUGUAAUUCCUGAGGAAUCUAAUCCCAAUAUCUGAAAACUGGAGAAGCCAAUGACUCGGGAAUAGUGAUAGUGUAUUCGACCAUAUGAUUUCCGUUUACGUUACCCUCCUUUUACUAUCAUUCUUUAUAGUAAAAUUCACGACCUUACUUAAAAUGUACAAAAAUUAAAUUAAAUUAUGAAUCGAACUACCAAAAUAUUACAUAUUAUUCGUUCUAAUGUUA